CGGACCGUGCCGCACCAUGUUGCUGCCGCUGCUGGUGACGCUGCUCCUCGGCCAGGCCUGGGCCGACCUGUCGCCCACCCCGGCCACGGGCGACACCUCGUUGGAACAGGUGCUCACGGAGCUGGCUACCUUCUACGAGUCCACUGUGAGAGCGGCCACGGCCGCGGCCCACCAGAGCAUGACCCAAGACCUGGACCACAUCAAGCAGACCCUGGCAGCCCUCGUCUUCCGGCUGGACUCCCUGCAAGAGGUCCAGAGCUCUGUCUCCUCGAGGCUGGACUCCCUGCAAGAGGUCCAGAGCUCUGUCUCCCCAAGGCUGGACUCGGUGCAAGAGGCCCAGGUCUCAUUCUCCUCAAAGCUGAAUUCCAUGCAGAGCUCGGUGUCAUCUCGGCUCGACGCUGUGCAGCAAUCCGUCGCAGCGGUAUCUUGCAGACCGGAGGCGUUAUUGGACGGUUUGGUAAACAUUCAAACUGCUGUCAACCGUCUGCCAUGGAGGGUGCUGGGUGACGCGUGCGAGAACAACGCGGACUGCUUCAGGGCAGUACCUAGCUCAGAGUGUGGCAGCGACGGCACCUGCACGUGCACCGCCGGCUUUAGGCGGAUCUCCAGAAGUGAGUGCCGAGCUCGUCUGCUGUCGGAGCCGUGCACGACCAACAGCGAGUGCCAGGCUGCGACGGCACAUUCGGUGUGCACGGACGGUGCCUGCGCCUGUGCGACAGGAUACUGGAACCGAACUAACAACGAAUGCCGGCCAGGUGUAAGCGCAGGCCAGACAUGCACCUUCGACCAGGACUGCUCCACGCACCGCUCCAACUUCACGUGCAACUCGGGCAUGUGCUCGGAACGCGUCUGCCCGGGCGUCGUGCGUGGAGGCUAUGAGUACCGGCUGGCUGGAGGUGAUUACUGUGCGCAAGGCCGGGUCGAACUCAGACCCGUCGGCGGCACUUGGGGCUAUGUCUGUGACGACUCGUGGGAAAAUGUGGACGCGUCAGUUGCCUGCCGGACACUAGGAUUUAGCGCUGGGAGAGCACACUGCUGCUCCGCGUACGGUGCCGGAGGACCUGAAAACUUCUACAUGGAUGACGUCAAUUGCAGUGGCUCCGAGAGCCACCUGAAGAAUUGUCCUCACAACACCGUGGAUAACUGCCACCGAGGAGAGGUGGCGGCGGUCACCUGCAGUGGUCCCCAGCAGAACGCCUGAGCCUGAGGCUACAGACUGGGGACUACAACGGCCAGCCUGGCGUUUGCUCGGAAUCAACAAAACAUAAGAUGUCUCACACCCAUGUGACAGAAACUGCUGCAUCCGGCAGCGAGCCUGAUAUCCAUCCACAGUUUUAGAGAGUGGUAAUGGCUUUGGCUCACUUCGGCAUCUUUUCAGGCCGCUGGGAGACUCAGAUCGGGUGCAACGAUAGACAUAUAGAAGAGGCGAAAUACAAGGCUAUCCCAAUCUCAGACCUGAACAGAACUCGAGCCUACAAACAGCCUGCGAUUGUCAAAGUCCUUGGCGAAUAUAC